AUGCCGACUGAGUUCCAUCUCUUCUCUGCUCUCCCAGCCAAGCUAAGGCAACAGAUCUGGAGUCUAGCUAUUCGCCCGAAAGAGCCAGGAGUUCACAUAUUCCGAGUUUACGGUACUUCUUGGGAUCAUCAGUCUCCGAAGGCCGUCCAUUUCUCAUACAGCAAGGAUCGAUUUCGUGAACUGAAUUGCGAUGAGCUUGGUCUUGCUGUACCUUUAGCCCACGAGGAUCCCGCCAACAACCCUAGCGCGAAGAGUGUGUCAACAUAUAUGAUUGAUGCUGGACUAUGGACUGCCUGUCAUGAAUCCAUGACCGUGAUGCGAAAAGCCUUUCCAAGGCCCAGGAGUAUCGAGUGCAGCAAAGUUCGUGUCCCCGAGCCAGUCAUGGGCUACUGCAUCUCUGGAAGUGCGUCACUUUAUUUCACAAUAAAUCCAGCGCAUGACCUUCUCAUCCUGCGGCCGGACAGUACAGACCUCAACCUGGAAGGCUUUGAUCAGGACCUGAGCUACCGCCUCUCGCACAUUGGCAUCGAAUAUGAGUCAGACUGGGGACAGCAACGUUUUGACGAGCGCUAUGAUAAAGGAGAAUGUCCAGCAUUUCACCAUAUUUUAACCCUGUUCGAAAGCUGUACUUGGCAAGGCAUAUAUCUUGUCGAUUACAACCUAAAGCGGAAGGCAAACGCUCCUCCUUAUGACGGGUUGUGCUUCUAUGCACGCGACAGGAGGCUUAUACAGGUGGACAUGCGGGGUGAAGAUAUUCUGAAUAAGUGGGAGUAUAUCGAGCCAGCUCGAUGUAUUGAAAAGUCUUCAUUCGCGUUCGCACUAUGGCUAGAUGCACACUACGACAGGGUGCGACAAAAUAAGUCUGAGGCUUUGCCUACUUCUGUACAUCUUCUUGGGUGGGAUACGUAUUGA